GCAGGCCGCUACAGUCGGGAGGGCGUGCCGGUGUCCGGCGGCCGCCGGACCUACGGUGUGCCGCUGGAGCAGCUGGUCAUCGCUGGACACUCGGGCGUGCCGCGCGUCGUCGCCCGGCUCUGCCACUUCAUCGAGAGACACGGGAUGCAGACGGAGGGCCUCUUCCGGACGCCAGGCAACCAGCGCUCGAUCGCUAAGAUGCGCGCCGACUUCGACAUGUACGGCGACUGCAACCUGGAGCGGUACAAGGACGUGGCCGCUGCCGCUGGCUGCCUGAAGAUGUUCCUGCGGGACCUGCCCGAGUCGGUGGUGCCGGCCGGCUUCACCGGCGACUUCGUCGCGUCGCUGCACGACGACUGCAGCCUGGCGCGCCGCUGCCAGCGGCUCUCGGCGCUGGUGCACGCGCUGCCGCCGCCGCACUACGCCCUGCUACGCUUCCUCUGCUCGUUCCUGAGACGCGUCACCAGCUUCCACAGCGCGGCGCACAUGUCGUCGGAGACGCUGGGUGUCGUGUUCGGGCCGAACGUGUUCCGCGUCGCGUCGACCAAUGAGGGCGCGGCGCCCGGCCUGCAGCAGCAGGCGGCCACCAAUCAGCUGCUGGCCCAGCUUAUACACAACUACGACCGGAUAUUCAACGCGAUCGGGCAGCAUCAGCGGCCCGGCUCCGGGGACAGGGGCAGCGCCCGGGAGCGAGGCGAAGAGAGUGACAGCAGCGCCUCUGCCGGCGGCAUCAAGAAGCGCGUGGACAAGUCGAUCCACGCGGCGGUGGCCUCCCACCUGCUGGCGACGGUGACCGGCCGGCACGAGGAGGCGGCCGACCGCAGCGGCGAGCCGCCCGCCAAGCGGCUGGAGGGCGAGCGGCCCAGCGGCGGCCGCGCCACCAGCUUCGAGAGUCUGGGCCAGCCGCACGCCAGGUGAGCAAGACGACGGGGCAGGUCCGGUCAGUUGCCGCGCAGAGCUGGAGGAGAGCCAGACGGGGCGGGUG